AUGGCGCCGGAGCGGCCUCGAGGCCCAUUGGUCUCCUUCACCUCAGCCUCGCUACCAAACAAAACUACCCUCCCAGGUCAAACAGUCCAUCUCGAGAAACUCAACCCAGACCACGCCAUCACUCUCUUCCCUCUCCUCGGCGGAAACGACCCCUCCAUCACACCGCUAUGGGACUACAUGCCCGACGGCCCCUACCCUGACCUCCCCACAUUCCAAACCGCCAUAACCACCAAAUCCACCUCCGUCGACCCUUUCUUCUACGCCAUAAUCGACGCCCGCAAGGAUAGCCUCACCUAUACACAGCCAAUCGGGUACAUAACUCUCAUGCGCAUGACCCCGGCCCACCUAACCCUCGAAAUCGGAAACGUCAUGUUCUCAGCUGCUUUGCAGCGCACGACCGGUGCGACGGAGGCGAUUUAUCUUCUGUUAAAGCAUGCAUUUGAGGAUUUGGGGUAUCGGAGGGUGGAGUGGAAAUGCGAUGCGCUUAAUGGGCCGUCGCGACGGGCGGCAACGAGGUUCGGGUUUACGUUUGAGGGGACGUUUCGCCAGCAUAUGAUUGUCAAGGGGAGAAGUAGGGAUACGGCUUGGUUUUCGGUGUUGAGGGAUGAGUGGGAGGCGGGCAUUGGUGGGGGAUUGGAGGGGUGGUUGGAGGAGGGGAAUUUUGGGGAGGAUGGGGAACAGAAGAGGAGUUUAAGGGAGGUGCGGGAUGAGGUUGCUCGUAAGUAA